GAACUGAAUCAGAACAUAGCUGUCAUACUGAUGCCAGUGAUGUCAGAGUUCUAAUUAGCAUUCUAUUCUGACACCGGACCUGUCAUUUCUACUUAUGUACUCAGAAACCUCUGUAUUCAGAUUUGCAAACUGUGAAAACAAGGAUAAUGUGCACACCUUUUGAGAUGAGAACACCUCAUGCUGAUGAAGGAGCUGAUCAUCAUCCAUGCAGAACAGGGCAGUUUGAUGAUGAUGAUGAUAAAUACAUACCUGAUGGGCAGAAUUUACAGUUUCUUAGCCCUCUGAUGAGUAAUAAGAUAGAGAAGGACGAGCUGAUCAGAUUUAUCCAGGAGAAAUAUCAGGGCUGUAUGCUACACCUGGAUGAAAUUGAGCAACAGUAUUCAUAUUUCUUCUGGCGGAUUAUGGAAAGCUUUCGUAUUCAAAAUGGAAGAGCAACGAUGGACAAAAUUGCCCGGAUCCUCUUCAACGGCUACAGAUUUCUGAGGAGAAAGGGUUUAAAAAUCAGACCUGUUGCGAUACAGCAGGACUGGUGUCUUCCUCUGGCUGGUCUUUUAUGCUCCAAUACUCCAGAAGAUGACAAGAGAGAAGCUGUCAUUGAAAUGGGAAACGAGUUCGCCUCCAGGGAGUGGAUCUAUGCAGCACAUAUCUGCUAUGUGGUGGCACAUGUGUGGCUGGAUUCACGUCAAAAAUUUCAACUGAUUGGAUGUGACAGUGAGCCUGUCGGCAAUACAGCCUUGUGGGAAGCGAUUGAGAGAACUGAGGUUUACGAGUACAUGCUGUUUCUGAGCUCAGGAUACGGCCAACCGGACUUCCAGGUGUGCAAGUUCCUUCAUGCCUGCAAGCUACACCAGGCUGGACAUACUUCUCAGGCGCUUGAUUACUGCGAGAUCAUCGCAAAAGUGGCCGUCAAAUUCCCUCAAUGCAUCCAUCCCAAUACGAUGGAAUGUUUUAGACAGUUCUCUUAUAAGCUGCUUACAGAGAAGAGACAAAAAAGACCAGAGAGGCAUAUAAACCUUUAUAAAAUGCUCCAAGAAGCAAAUAGCUCUUAUGAUGAGGAAGAGGAGUUCUUCUCAUGUGAAUCUGAUUUGCAGGAUUCAGAUGAGCAUGUUGCUUCAGACUAUGGUGACCUUGAGUCACGGUACACUAUAGAAGAGAUUCUGGGGCAAGGAUGUUUUGGCAUUGUCUACAGUGGAGUCCGUAAUGAAGACGGAAAAGAGGUUGCCAUAAAAUGUAUCAACAAAAGAAAGCAACGCAAAUACAUCACCAUUCCUGGAGAGACACGUAGCCUGCCUCUGGAGGUGGCGUUAAUGGAGAUGGUGUCAAGGCCUCCUCAAUGUAAUAACAUAGUGGCGCUGCUGGAAUGGUUUGAGACGCCUACUUACUUCAUCUUGGUGAUGGAGCGACCCAACAACUGCACGGACCUCUUACAAUUAUGUAAACGUUUUCAAAGUCCGCUGUCUGAAUCGAUGGCACAACUGAUCAUGCUUCAGGUGGUUCGAGCUGCUAGACAUUGCUGUGAUCGUGGAGUUCUUCACCGCGAUAUCAAGACCGGGAACCUUCUGUUCUGUCCAGAUACGUUUGAGGUGAAGUUGAUUGACUUUGGCUGUGGUGACCUGCUGACGGACAAGCCCUACACAAGCUACGCAGGCACUCCAAAUUACUUCCCUCCUGAGUGGAUAAGCUCCUGUAAAUAUUUUGGUAUUCCUGCUACCGUCUGGGGUCUGGGUAUACUCCUGUAUUUCUUGGUUGUUGGACAGAUGCCCUUUGUUGAUUUUAAUGAGAUUGUUACAGCACAAGUACCCUUCAUUUCUAGUUUGUCUGAUGAAUGCAACAACCUGAUAGCAUGGUGCCUGAAUAAAGACCCUGAAAUGCGUCCAAGUUUUGAUGAAAUCCUGAGCCACAAUUGGCUUGGUGAUCGAAUUGAAGACCCCUCGGCUCCAGCAGACCCCACCUAGUAAUUAGGAUCCGAUCUGUGAUGAUCACGUCAAUGGCACGACCGACACCCACACCAACUCCCAUUACUGAACUACCCCCAAUCAGCAUGCAUCUCUCAGGUAGAAGCUUCUUACAGCACUGGCAUUAUUCAACUGGAGCUCAAACUCAAUCACACUGCCACAAAGCAUCUGCACAAGGCAUCAUGCUGUGGCAGAUGUUUACUGUUGUGUGUUUGAGGGGUUUGACUGAAAGGAAGAACAGAUGAUGAUGAUGCUGGGGUUUUUCCUGCCAGCUGGUUUGAUGGAACAAUGCUGGAACCAUUUAUUUUUUUUUUUUUUUGCAAAAGCUGAAGCAGAACUGUACUGUUGUCCCUUUUAAUACUGUUUGACUUUACAGCGAUCAGAUGUGGAUGAGAAGUAGAGCCGCACUAUUCGGUCACCCAGAAGAUGAUGGGCUCCGUUUUGAAUCUGGUUCCUCUUGAAGUUUCUUCCUGUAGUCUCAGGGAGUUUUUCCUUGCAAUUGUCUCCACUGGCUGGCUCAGUGGGUAUAUAAAUCAAACGAACAAAAAAAAAAAACAUAAAAAAUGCGUGUGAAAUACA